AUGUGUAAAGCACAGGUGGAGAGUAAACGAACAAUGUUGGUUGGUCACGCCAAGUCGCAUUGUCCUCAGCGACAGUGGCAGUGUCCUCAUUGCGAGACGACGGCCGCCUUUCAUUCGAAACUGAAGCUCCACGUACAGAACGCUCAUAAGAGUGAUGCUGAGCCAAUGGACAUGUACUCGGCGGAAUUGGAGAACAAAUGGCUGGAGUUGUUCCGCCAGUGUUUCCCGCAGUUUGCACAGCAAUGCUUUCUCGAAGAAUGGAAGUUCCGCUCAAAACAACAGCAACACCUGUACAGCGCCAAUGUUGAGGAAUGGAAUGCAAGAGGAAUGGAGGGUGGAGAGCGGGUUAGGCGUACGAUCCUCAUUGAACAGGAAGAACCAAGAAAGGGCAGGGACGUGAAAUUUGAGGACAACAGCAUCUCAAACGAAACAUAG